CUGGUAGAGAGUUACUUUUCAGAUACUGCACUUGAUAUAAUACUUGCAGGCCCCACCAGAAGGCACCGCGUUACCGUGCCGGCUGAGGCCGACGUUCAGCACGUUGUUGGUGGCCAGUUCAGCAGCGGCGGCCGCUGCUGCUUAACAGCAACAACUGGCAGCUUUGCUACAAUCGGCACUUUUCAACAAGCUCAACUCGCUCAAUUGCUCCCGUCAGAGAGAACAUCUGCUGAUCCAGUUCCGUCAGAUGUCGUCCAGCAUGAGCCAUCCAUGAGAACAGCAGCACUCCACUGUCGUAGAACCCUUUGUGCGUUUUAUGAGCAGAGGAAGUCGUCGUUUAAUGGAAUGAUUCACACCAAGACCAUAUCCAUUGUUUUCUGUGUUUUCAGUGGCAAACGUGUGUACGAAGCGUUCAGCGUCGGCGCAGUUCGGGUCGACGUCCGCCUUCCUAUCCACUAUCCACUCCUAGCCUCAAUUCCCAAGAUUUUCGUGCACUCUCAUAAACACGACCCUCUACCACCUCCCGCGAGACGCACCCGUGGUGGCGAUAGGCUUGUGAACAUGCGGACGCUGCACGAUUUGCUCGAUAGCUCGAUGGUUAUGAAUUUGGCACUGAUCCACUGUCCCGCGACCACGUCUAUCGCCUGA